CGACAACGUAACAGUAGCACCUACAUAAAAAUCAACAACAAGAUCACAAAAUAACGCGAGAAGUAGACUCAAUAAUACUGUAGGAUCUGCAAAACACAUUGAUUGAAAUUAGGAUCAACGACUCGGUCCCACUUAUCAUGGCCUCGUGUUGGAGGCCAGCGCACGGAGAAAAGAAACGGAAUUGUUUCUGACGAGGAAGUCCACAUUCGAUCUGGUCAUCAACACUCGAUAAAUAGUAACGGAUCUUGUUGUGUUCCUUGUCAAGCUUUUGACGCACUAUGGUGUCGUGUCAAUGUUGGAUGGUGGGUUCAAAUAUUAUAAUAUUUUCGACGAAGCAGGCUCGAGAAGUGGCUGUAAGUGUAUUUGAAGAUCGACUCAUAUUUCUAUUUUAUUUCAUUUCUGCAGGUGACCACAGUGGAUGAUGAGAAAAGUGUGACUAGCAGAUGCACAGGCUCGGAAGGAGUUCCUUCUUUUAUUUGAUAUAGUGUAUUCAGUUGCGGUCCUCAUCCUCUUGUAUUCCUUUGUUUCUCCUCUUGGUGCAGUAUCCAUCCAGCAGUUUUACCAAGUUCACUCCUGGACGGUCUUUUCACGACACUAAACAGAAAAUGUCUCAUUCCGAAGAUUCCGGUGAUUUCUCGGAAAGCGAGCAGCAGUUUCCGCUGGAGAAGGAGGUGUUCUGGGGCAAGAAGGCAGCGGAAUACUACGGGGGUUCCGAUGCGGAAUCGGCCGCGGAUCUGUCUGACGCAGAAAAGGAGCUCCGGGAAAAGGCAGAGAAGCGGUACCCGGUGCAAAAACGUCCCCGCGAUUCCAAAACAACUUUGUGCGCAAACUUGCAUUCUUGUUCCCCAGAAAACGAGACGCUUGUCAUGCCUGGCCCAAUGAGAGUGAAAGUCAUCGAUGCUUAGUUUUUAUUUACUGGACGAGAUAUUUCGAGAAUUGAACCUUGUCACGGGCUAUUAAGCACGAUUUGGGAAAAUGACAUUUUCUGAUGAUGUCACGAUAGAAGCUAGAACAAGCCAUGACUACUUCCAACCAUGACAUGACUACUUCUAACGAAGAAUAGUCUACUGAAUGAAGCGAAACUCCGCAUCUACUUUGUUACGGUACGGGGACGUUUUUGCUCAGGAGAACCGGCAAAAACUGCUCACCCAAGCGAGAAACUUGUUUCACGAAGACGACAGCAGCAGCUCGGAAUCGGACGAACAGCCCUCUCAUUCCGUCGGAGGAGGACAAGCUGCACGAAGUAAGUUAUUAAGAAGUAUUGACGAUGCUGCAACCGACGGGUCAUCGUCUCUGCUUGCACGCAGAAGUUGCGAAAAUAAAAACUUCGCUGCGGGGAAAGAAGAAGAACAAAGCCCCCUGAGAGCAGCAGAUGCGGACGGACUAGCACGUCUUGCUGAACAUGCAACCACCACCGCGCAGACGCAAACGAGGGACGACCAGAUGAAUGCAGCUCCCAGCGGAGGUAAAAACGAACAAGAAGAAGGCUCUCUUGUGGUCGCGGCAGAGAAUCAAAUAGAGAAAAAUAAACCCAAGAACAAUGACAAUGACUCCGCGAGCACUACUAACAAAAGAUGUACGGCGACCCGUUCGGCAAGCAACGCCAUCACUGCGCGGAACAAGCAGUUUUGGCUCAGCAAGAACGCACCGGAGCUGCAGGGACUGUUGCAGGAAUACGUAGGGGAGAUGAACUUUCUGCAGCAGCACCUGCUGCCGUGCAGCGACCGGUUUGAAGCGGACAAAGCCUUUGCGCAAGACAUGGGACCGGAGCUGAAGACUUUCGUGGACGCGAGAAUCUAUCACAGGGACACAAGGAGUGGGGCUGUGCUGCAAAGACAUAUACAUAAAUAAAAAAGGUCGAGCUGUGCAGUCGGUUCGCGAAAAUUAAGAAGAGAGAACGGCUAAUGAAGUGUAGAAGAAGAAGAGGGUGAGCAAAUUUCUCUACCAUGAUUAGUGUCACUAUUCACUUGUAGAAGCAGCGCAGUUCCAAUUUGCCUUGUGAUACAAGCUCGUUUGCCAAGCAGUACUUGGCGUUUCUCUCGUUCUACCUGCACUUGAAAAAGGACAGCGUCUGCGAAGUCCUGGAAGGUGCGGAAAAAGGUAGACGAUUUAUAAAUAUUUUGCGCGACAGCAUACCUGUGUUUGAAGAUGUGUAAGUACAACUAGAGGCUGUGAAGAUCAUUGUAUAUGAAAGUAAGAGAAGGGAAACUCAUUCUGUGAGAUGUUGCGCCGAGAUACUUGAUAUUAUUUCUUGCGGGUAGUAGUAGAAGAAGUGCUGUACCGACCAGAAGUAGCGGGCAGUAUCCUGCUACUGCUUCGACUGUGAAGAGUUGUAUUGUUCCAUCUUCAAAUAUUCUUGAACAGGUACAGUGUCGAGUUUGUGCUCGAGCAGCACACCCUCCGCGGCUGGCAUCAUGGGCAGCAGGACCACAGCGACUCUUUCGGGAAACAAGAACCCAGUAACGUCCUCCAAGUUAUCUCCUUUCGAGAGCACGCAGAAGUAUAUCACCCAGCACCCGGUCUUCGAGCAGAUCCUCGCCCUGAAGGAGCUGAAGGUCGAGUAUGCGGACAAGGACGACAUGUUGGUGGAGUGCCUGGGCGGAAGCGGAACAGAAGAUGAAGAAGAACAGGAUCUUCAUGCACCUGUGGACCCGGAGGACGAGGACGCAGAAGCGAGCGAGAACAGCAUCGAGCUGGACGGUUCCUCAGACGCGGAGGAUGAGGAGGAGGAAAGUGACCACUCUGAAGAUGUUUUUGGUGGUCUUGAUGGCAUUGAUUCCGCGAGCGAGGCGGGAACCGCGAGGUUGACAACCAGCUCGAAGAAGCACGCAGCUACCGGAUCUACCUCUGUGAAGACGAAGAAAGAACGAAGCACCGUCACUCCAGAAGAGAAUGCACUAGCGGCCGCUUCAAAUGAAGAUCCAACAAUGCCUGCUGGCGGAAGUGAAGCGAAUAAAUCUGUGUCCUCCUGCAAGAGAAAAGCAGAACCAGCGGACACUGGCGCCGCGUCCCUGGGGAAGAAGGUCAAGAGCGCGGACAAGAACGGCAAUGGUGCUGUGAGACCUAUCCAAAGGAAACUGAUAUGUUUGAAUCGUAGUGCCAACUUCCACCUCCAGCACAGAUAGACGUCGCGGCCAAUAAAAUUUGUCAUGCGCGUCGUUUACAAAUGCAACUUCAACUACGUGGGGAAACUAUACAUGGUGUCAUGCGCUGUAAAUAAUUUGCAAGAGCAACGAAGAACAUGCAACCACACGUCUGUACUAUGAGUGUCUAAUACCGAUGUUGUGUCCACUACAAACAAGAUUGAAUUACAGAUCGCAAUUUGUGGCGCGUUCUCCUUGUGUGGUCGUAGGUACGACACGAUCGCGAUUUUUCCACAGGAUACCGAAGCCGCGCAACCAGAUUUCGCUGCAGAAGGAAUGUCCGUACCACGACGCGACGCUGGGCGCGCGACCCGAGAAGAAAGGACAAAAGCAGCUGCAGCAGUAAUAUCAAAGCGAAAUCUUGCAGUGUUGAAUAGAGGAACGAGACGGCGACGCGUAAAGAACAAUAGAUUCUAGACACAUGCAUGUAAUUUUAGACGCCACAAUAAGUCUCCGUCAUGCGAAUUUCAUGCUACAUAACCAUAAGCGUUGUAGGUAUCCUGAGUAUCAAAGGAUAAAGGAAAAGCAAAUAAAGCAUAUGCAUAAUAGCAACACGACGGCCAUGAUUGAUCAAAUCUUGAUCACAAAGAUGCAACACAGAUAAAAGUCUUUUAUGGUAAAAUAUGCAAUUGCACCGAACCGACUGCAAAAGACAAACACUUUCAAGAUUUCGUGAGGAUAGCCACAUGACCAAGGGGCAGAAGUUGCUGUCGGAUACCAUGACGACCUCCAGCGGCGCGACUCUCUCCAAGAGCUCGCGCCAGAAGACGGGGGACGCCCAGGUGGAGUUCAAGCAGCGGAGUGCGAAAAACGUCCGCAUUGAGGACUCGCUUCCGGCGGACUUCUUUGCCGCGGACGAGGAGGGCGAGGACCACGGAAGCAAUCCGAAGGAACAGCAGGAGGAGGAGAUGCUGAAGAAAACAAAACACGGGAAGAAAAAGGCAACGUCAGAAGUGUUAGGGUUUGGUGCCAAAGGCACAAAGGAAAAGACCGCGUUGACCGCGGUGGACCCUGGUAGCUUGACCGAGGGACAGAAGCAGCACCUGGAGCUAGAGGACGGGGAGCAGCGGUUCGCGACAAAAAAGAUUCUGCAGAACAAGGGGCUGGUGCGCAUCCGGCCCAAGAAGGACCGCAACAGCCGUGUGAAGCACCGCCGAAAGUACGAGAAGGCGGUCAAGAAGCGGAAGACCGUCGUGCAAACCAUGCGCACCGCGGAGAAUCUCUACUCGGGCGAAAUGACCGGCAUCCGCACUACCGUCGUCAAAUCGCACAAGCUGUGAUGGAAAUAUAAUGCGUGGUGGACGAGGACGAGAAAAUACAAGAAGAAGAUGUCGUGAAGGUGUUCUUUGUAAACGACGUACGGUCGUGGGGCGGGCGAGGUGGACGAUAAAGCUUCUGGUGCGUGGUGACGAAGAAUGCUUCUGCUUCUGGCGGGCAGCGAGGGAGAUGCACGUGAUUGAUUUUAUUGUGCUCUUGAUGUACUAGAACUCUUUGUUGCAAAUGGGAAUGCAACAAGUGCAGCCCUUUACUCAUGUGUAUCGAAACACCUCUACAUCACGACGGACCAUCUUGCGCAUUGUUUUCGAAGUAAGUACAAUUUCAACUGGCAGUCUUGCAUGUAAAACCAAAAAAGAUAGGGCGCUUCUGCAGUGGC